CCCCCUUCUCUCCCUCGUUUCUUCCCAACCUUUCUUCCUCCCGUUCCCCUUUCGAAUAAUUGACCACCAAGUAUUCCUCAUCGGCGACCAUUUACCAACUGCCACCUCCGGCCGGUGGCCACUACCACCUCUUGGCUAGUCAUUCGUACACACCUUCCCGUCUCAUUCUCCAUUGCAAAAAGGCCACAUAAAAUUUCUAGACUCGUUAUCCAAAGUUCAGUCGUCAGAUUUCACAGUCUAUAAAGACUCUAUACAUACAUACGCCACAGCCGAACCCAAAAGCUAAACCAUGCCAGGGCCAGGGCCCCACAUGCUCUACACCCUGGGCACAGGCCAAGCCCUGACCGCCUUAUCCAACGGCAGGUUCAGCCCACACCACUCCCUCACCUACGCCGUCAACGCCUUCUUCGGCCCCGAUCUCGGCUCCUUCUCCCAGUGGCUCGCUUCCACCCUCGGACUGGGCCGGACUUUCGCGUCUUGCGUCGAGCAGCUGGUGCACCACCCUUUCUACUACGUCUUGGUUCUUGGGUUUCCUCUUUCUCUUCUUUACAGUUGGGUGUCUAAGGUUGUUCUUCGAAAAGGGUUGCUUGAUUCCGUUUCUGGGGUGCCUCUUAGCAGGAAACAAUGCUUCUUGUUGAUCUCAGCAGGAUCUUUAUCCCACUUUUUCUUAGACCACUUGUUUGAGGAAAAUGGGCAUUCUUCCAUGUAUACUUGGAUAUUAAGUACUGGUUGGUGGGAAAGCCGUGCCCCUGUCAACCCAGAUGCUGUCAUUGUAAUUGGCUUCUUAUGCACUAGCUUGAUCUGUGGUUUCAUUUACAUCAACAGAGUGAAAUCCUUGAAGUCUAUUAGAAAUAGAUCAAAUGAAUCAAUGAGGCUGAUUUUGAUCAUAGCAAGCCUGUACUGCUUAUGGUGUGCAAGCCAGAUAUACUUGGUAAAUCCUCGUCGAGCUCCUGUUGGUGAAGAGGCUGAUCUCGGAGUUCUUGUGUUUCUAGGAAUUUACCUAUUUCUCCCUCAUGGGUUGUGUAUCAUGUCCAUGAACCCAAAAGAAUAUGCUGGAUCUGAAGAACAGCUCCCACUUUAAAAGGCAGCAUUAGAGCUAUAGUGUGGCUUAUAACACAAAUUCCCCUGCUUUGGAGAACUGCAGAAGGUUCUGUAGUUGCUGCAUGAGCCUCUACUUUCAGUUUUUCUUCCCUUGGGGAUUUGUACGGAUGAUAUACACAUUGAUUAACCACAAGUGUACUGGAUGUUGUUUGUUGUAUACUGUUUGAAACGAAUUUAGAUGAUUUUGUAGCUGAAAACUUGAACUACUGUCUACCAAAUGUGAUGUAGAACAUAGAUAGGUCGAUGUGAGUCAUAUGACUUGUACCUGAUAUUUUCUCUCCUUUUUUAAUUAUUAUUCAAUGUAAGAGCAAGUUCACUCAA